UGUUUUGCCUAGGCUUUGGUUAGCGUAGCUCUGAAGUUUUAGCAUGCAGACUCCGAGCUGCAGUCCGGCUGACGUGUGUGAAAUAAGGAGCAGAGGCUGAAACCACAAAGAGGUUUUAGUUUCUAAACUUUUAGCCGUUUGAAGAUGUUUUCAUCUGUCUGGAAUUUUAUCAAACGACAUAAGAAGAAAUUUAUUUUCACCGGAGCUGUGGUCGGAGGAGUUUACCUGCUCGGUAAAUAUGCCCAGAAGAAGAUCAAGGAGGUCCAGGAGAAGGAGGCGAGCGAGUACAUAGCCCAGGCCAGAAGGCAGUUCCACUUCGAGAGCAACCAGAGAACCUGCAACAUGACGGUUCUGUCGAUGCUUCCUCCGCUCAGAGAGGCUAUCGUCACUCAGCUCAACUCCGAGAGUCUGACAGUGAUGCUGAAAACAAAACCGGCCAACAAGCUGGAGAUCUGGGAAGAUUUAAAGAUCAUCAGCUUCACCCGGACCGUCGUGGCCGUCUACAGCACCUGCAUGCUGGUGGUUCUCCUCAGGGUGCAGCUCAACAUCAUCGGGGGAUACCUGUACCUGGACAACUCUGUGGGAAAGAGCGCAGCAGUGAGGAGGGCCAGCUAUCAGAGUCCUCUGACGCCUCCGGACGUCCAGCAGCAGUACCUGUCCAGCAUCCAGCAUCUCCUAGGAGACGGUAGGGAGUAUCCACCCCGGUCUCUGUCCUUUGUAUGUCCUCUGAUCCAUCCAUGUGUCUCUCCAGGGCUGACGGAGCUGAUCUCCAGGGUGAAGACGGCAGUGCAGAGCUCCCUGGGCGGGGUGUCUCUGAAGCAGAGUCUGUCCCUGCUGGAGCUGGAGCAGCAGCUGAUCUGGAUCCGAGCCGAGGUGGACUCUGGACGCCCGCUGUCCUCCUACAUGCUGGCGGAUGAUGAGGACGUCCUCGCCGACCAGGCGUGCGGCUUAACGGAGAACGACCUGGUGACCAUCAGACUGCUGAACGAGACCAGAGACAUGCUGGACAGUCCAGAUCUGAGCAAAGUUCUCAGCGCCUGUCUGAACCGCGGCUUCUCUCGUCUCCUUGACAACCUGGCCGAGUUCUUCCGGCUUCCUGUCAGUGACUCCGCCCCCAACUGCGCCCCCGACAGCCUGUCUGCCGUCAGCCUGCCGCUGGCCAAGAUCAUCCCCAUCAUCAACGGUCAGAUCAACUCCGUCUGUAGUGAGACUCCCAGCCACUUUGUUCAGGACCUGCUGCUGAACGACCAGGUGAAGGAGUUUGCCGCCAUCGUGUACGAGACGUUCAGCACGCCGCAGGAGCUGCAGAAGUGAUCUGUGAGGAAGAGGAGGAAACGAGUCGGUGAUGAAGACGCCGGUCCGUCCUCCGUCUGAUGCCUCUGCGGCGUCCAGCCGGACAUUCCUGUCCUCUCUGCUGGAGGACACUGAGGCUGCUGGGAGCAGUGGAUCCUGGGAAGUGGAGUCUUUCUGCUGCGUUCACAGCUGAUGAAUCUCCCACGCCGAACCCUUCUGGGACGAUUUUAGGCUGUUUUCUGGGUUCUGCGUUCGUUAUGGAUCCAGAUGUUGCUGCUGAAGGUUUUAGACCUUCUGAAGAUUAAAACACAUUUAAUAAAACAUCUAAAUUAAA